ACCAAACCCAUUCUAGAGGAGAAAGAAACUAUACAGAACUUCCUCUAGUAUCUUUUAUACCCACUACAUCACUGAAACACAAUGGCUCUGCAGAGAGUAGAAACUUUAAUGCAAUAUUAGCAAUUGUUGUGUUAAAAAAAACGUCACUUGGUACAAAGCGUACUGGAGAAUAUACAAAUGGAAGUACGUUUACAGUAUCUAAAAUUACCUCUGCAGAGCCAUUGUGUUUCAGUGAUGUAGUGGGUAUAAAAGAUACUAGAGGAA